AUGUCUCUAUUUGCCCGCAGCACCAACUGGACGGGCAACAAGUGGUGGACCGAGGCUCUCGAGUGGGAGGGCAAGGAGGGCUUCAACGCCGAGGAGCUUGCUCCGUGGUACGCCUCGCAGGAGGCCAAGGAAGCUGGCGCGAAGCAAGCUGGCGAGUUCCGACAGUACGGUAACCUCGCGUUUGCGAUCGUGGACGCUUCGGGUCACUUUGUGAGUUAUUCUUUUCGCCGCCGUCUGGGCCGCACGAGUUUCCCGGAUGAUGCCCUGCUCAGGAUCUAACAACCUGCCUCGCCGAUUUGCCUACAGGUUCCUUACGACCACCCUGUCGAGUCCCUUGCCAUGUUUAACUCUUGGAUCCACAACGGCAACUUCUCGUCCCUUGCCUGA